AUGCCGUCCGGUUUGGUCUACGUAAGCGCUCAUUUCGGGACUCCUCCACUCACCGUCAACCUUGCUUUGGACACCCUCUUUCCCUUCACUUGGGUUCAGACAGUUGGUUGCCAUCGAAAUUGCUUCAACCUUUCAUAUCCAUAUUCCAACUUCGACCCCAGAAAAUCCACCACCUUCCAACUUCUCCGUCCAAACAAUACCACCUUCUGCUUCCCACCUAUAUCGCAUCCAUCACGUAAUGGUUCCUCGUGUGUUUACGACGGUCGUUAUAGCAGAGGCAUAUUUGGAAUUGACGAGUUCCAGUUGUUGUCCCCCCACUCCUCCUCUUCUUCAACUAACCGAAUUGUAUUCGGCUGUGAUCUCGACUCCAAUAUGGACUUCAACGGAGGGUGGGAUUUCAACCCUAUCGGAGGGAUGAUAGGGUUAGGAAAAGGGCACCCCUCCAGCAUUGUAAGCCAGCUAGGCUCCGAUCGUUUCUCUUACUGCCUUCCCAGCUUGUCGCAAUCACUGUCCGGCCAGCCAACCCUCAACUUCGGCUCUGAUGCCUUUAUUGAUUCUAGUGCUACGAAUGUACAAACAACUCCAAUCUCAUCCAGAUCCUCGGCUGGCCCCCCGGAGGAGUUCUACAAUUACCUCAACAUGACAGGUAUAACCUUAAACGGAGAGGUUGUGUACAUGAUGCCGGAAACCAGCUCCUUAGCAAAGCUUGUCCUCUUGGAUACCGGAGAACCAGACACCUGGUUGGUCGAAGACGCCAUUUUCAGUCUGCAAGACGGCGUUGUGAGGUACUUUGCAGAGACUUACGGUUGGAAAGCACCCAAGAUAGAACCUAUUCCUAGAACGUACGUUUGUUGUUAUGAUCUACCGACUAAUCUGUCUGGCAUUAUUUUCCCAAAGAUUGCAAUACAGUUCGUUGGUGGUGCUAGUUUAGAGUUGCACAAUGCUUUUGAGAUCUUCCCGGAUCAGCAUGAGUUUUGCAUGGUCAUAAGGGAAGGUGCUCCAAACACAGUAGGUGUUUACCAGCAGAUGGGUGACAGAUUCUGGUUUGAUCUCGCUCAGUCCAAGCUCUCCUUUUCUCCCAACAUGUGUUAA